GCCUUCACCUCGCCCAAACAACCCAACACCUAGUCAAUUGCCCUCAGCAAACCGCAAAAAUGUCUGACGAUCAGGAGCUCGUUACCAAGCCCUUCAACUGGUACGAAGUUCCCCGUCCCGACGCCGUUCACGACUGCGAGACAAUCGAAAGCACCGACGCCCGCUUCCCGAACAUGAACCAGACCAAGCACUGCUGGCAAAACUACGUCGACUACCACAAGUGCAUCAACGCCAAGGGCGAGCACUUCGCUCCCUGCCGCCAGUUCUGGCUCGCCUACCGAUCUCUGUGCCCCUCCGGCUGGUACACUCGCUGGGACGAGCAGCGCGAGGCUGGCUCGUUCCCCGUCAAGCUCGACGCGUAAGACAUUGGAAAUUCGAGGCUUUGCACGGGCUAGAUGUUGGAGGAUGGGGCGCUUGUACUACUUACCCUGAGGGCGAGAUAUCAAUAGAGCACCAGGAGUUGAAUUGCG